UGCAUUUGAAACACCUGAAACUCCUAGUUUUCACAGGGUCUCCUGGAAAUAUCCCGGAGAACGGAAAAAACAGAGAAGUAACCCGGAGACGGAGGACCCAGGUGCAACGCAACUGGAUCCCGUAAAUGCCAAUAAAAGCCGCCGAUCUUCACUGCAAAAUGAUGCAUCCACAUGUGCAAAGAGAUCUCGCCUUUUCUGCGAAAACUUCAAGGCAGGUGAACCUGGGCCUCUCGUCUCGGGGCCCCAUCGGCGCCAUGGCGAAUCGGAGAGUUUGGCCCUUGGCGCUUUUGGUCGUCGCCUUCUUCUUCGCCUCGCGGACCUUCGUGGCCGCGCCGGGCCGCGCCAGCGACGUCACCGCGCCCCGGGCGGCUUCGGAAACUGCCGCUGCGGCGUCCGCGGCCGCUGCCGGCCUGGCAGCGCUGCCGGGGCCGGCGUGGGCGGAGGACGGCGGGGACUGGUUCCAGCCCUUUGUGAAUUUGAAUGCUCAGAUCAUCGAGGGCAUUGAUGGUGUGGUAGGCUCCGCCGGGGUGGCCGUCGUUUUGUACACCAUCCUCCUGAAAGUGGUGACCUACCCGCUGCAGCAGCCAGCGCUCCGCACCUCUGCGCUAUCGCAGCUCUUAUCCCCGCAGGUGGACGAGCUGGAGAAGAAGUUCCCGCUAGAUGAGGAGGCCAGGGGCAAGGCCCUCAGGGAGCUAUAUGGCACGGUUGGCUUGAACCCCUUUGCUGCCUUCCUGCCAAUCCUCUUCCAGCUGCCCAUUUUCAUUGCCCUCUUCCGCGCCAUCGGUUCGCUGGCCAACCAAGAUGAUCAUUUCAAGGAGCCCUUCCUCUGGAUCCCCAGCCUGGCGGGGCCGGUGGCCAGCGGCAGGCCAAGUCUUGACUGGCUGCUGAAGACCCAGUCCAGUGACCACUUUGAACCGCUGGUUGGGUGGCAGGAAGCCGGGGGCUACCUGGUGCUGCCGCUCCUGAUUUUCGCGCUGCAGUAUUUCUCAAACAGGAUGAGCGCAUCGAAGAAGGACGAUGUGGCCGCAGGCGUUUUGGCGCCUGCGUUUAUCAUGAUCUCAACUCUGGUUUCUCCGCAAGCCGUCGGCAUCUAUUGGUUCACGAACACGCUGCUGACAACUGGACAAAUGAAGCUAACGCAGAACCAGGUUGCUGAGGAGUACCCCGAGUACAAGAAGAUCAAGGAUGCGGUGGAUGAGCAGGAUGACGGGAGAAGAUACACCAGAGCCUCUCCCUUCGUCAAGAACGACCUGGUGGCAAAAAGUGUUGAGGACUUGGGUGACAAGCAGGAGGUGAGGCCCAAAUCUCGGGCUGCGCGCCGCAAGAAGGGUCGCAAGUCCAAGUCUGCGGCAUGAAGUUUAAGAGCCAAUCCAUUUUCGAGGCUUUGGGCCCUUUCGGUGACCAGUCACCCCGUUUCACUGCCAUUCGGGCCGCGCACCUGAGGGAAGUUGGAACAUCCUGCAUUGCAGAAAACGCAUGGUACGG